GUACAUUCCCCAUCCAAAAUAUAUGCGGCGUAACAAAUUUGAUUUCUGCUAAAAACUAGAAAUCCUUAUCCACCGAAUCCAAGUAUCCAACUCAACGACUCUAUUAUUUUGUACCCAAUGAAUUCCCUAAUUUACCCCUGUCGCUCACUUUUUUUUGAAUCAUAGUUUAUUCCUCGGUCCUCUCACAGUCUUGUCUUCUUCCUGCUCUAAAACUCCAUUUUAUUGGUCGAUGGCCAUCGCCAUCACCGUCUGAUCGAGAUCCAGCGAGCAAACCCGAGUCGUCACUCACCCACUCGCUCAUUCCCCAACUCGUUCUCAACCGACUCGCUAAGUUUCAUAGCCAUGAGGCGAUCCAGCCGAAUCGAAAUCUUCGAUCCAUUCUACUGCCCUGCUUCUUCCUUGUUCCUGAAUGAAGCCUCCAUUUUCCCUCCCGGAGCGCUCGGUUUCCCGUCGUCGUUCAUUUCCGAGCAUGAGGAAGUUGACGAGCUGAGCUCGGCGUUCGAGCUGCUGGCCCCGAGAGCCAGCAGCGGGUUCGAGCUGUUUGAUACGGUGACGGAUCUGAUACAGGUGGAGAAAACGCCGUCGUACUGCUCCUACAAGAGGGUCCAGCAGCGCGCCGCCGCGCCGGAGCUGUAUCUGCAGAGGAUCUCCGAUCGAGUGACUGCUCUGGAGUCGAAGUUUGAGCAGCUGGUGAGCAAGUCGAAGGGGAAAGUUGGAGACCGGAAGUACACGUGGACGGCGGAGAUCAAUGGUCCGGUUGAGAGGAAGUACAAGUGGAUGGCGGAGAUCAAGGGGGCAGCAGAGAAGGAGGAGGAGGUGAAGCAGAAGAAGCAGGUUCCGGUUAAGAGAGUUCCGGUGGAGAAGAAGUACAAGUGGACGGCUGAGAUUAAGGGGAAGGGAGAGGAAUCAAGGAAGUAUGUAUUUGAAGUAUCCAGCGGCGGGGAUGCGAAUAAGAGCAGUGAAUCGGGCAAAAAGGACAAGAAGAAGGAGGUGAAGAAAGUGGAAGAGAAGAAACCGAAGAAGAAUGGAGUUCGCGUGGUGGAGAUUGAAGAGCCUGAAGCUGAUCAUGGCGUUGUGGUUCUUAGACAGGCAUUUGCUAAGAGAGCUGGGGCAUUGAGGUCGAUGAAGGGGAAGAACAAGGAACUGUCGCCACAAGAUGCAGCAUUGUUGAUCCAGAUCACUUUCAGGGCUUACCUGAUCAGGAGGUCGCAGGCUCUUCGUGCUCUCAGAGACCUGGCGAUCGCCAAGGCCAAAUUGAAGGAGAUCAGGGGAAUGUUUAACAACUUUUCUUACCGUCGUCAAGUUUCCAGGGACGCUGAAGAGCGCCAGAGGUUCACUGAGAGGAUCAUUGUCCUGCUGCUCACUGUUGAUUCCAUUGAGGGCAUUGUUGGAUGCGUCAAGUUCUUUGAGCCACAUGAACUGUAGGCCAACGAAUUCUUUAUGGCUAGAAUGUCUUCAUGCAUCGAGUUGAACCUUCAUUCACUCUGAGCUGCAUCUUUAUGUGGGCUAGGUAAUUGGUACUGCCCUUUUCAAACAUUCUAGUUACUAGAUGGAAGAAUUACAUAAUCCGAAACCCCAACCUUAUACAUAGUUGGUUUAAGUAUAUAAUUUCUAAGAUGGAAGGUCUUCCCUACUGUCGCAUCUUUAUCUAGUUUUGGUGAAUCAUGCCCAACUGGGACGUCUUAUAGAAUUCUUUGUCAAAUCUUUUGAGCGCAUAUGCUAAGAAAGAAGAAAUUUUGGUGCAUUCUAUGGAUGUAGAUACUGAGUGGAAAAAUGCAUAUGACUAUGCAUGAUUUGUUCUCGGUAGCCAUCCCUUGCACGCACUGUGUUUGGACUAUGUUUCUCAGUCUACAAUUGGUUUCGGUAGCCAUCAACUUUCAACAAAGCUAGCGUGCCACUUGAUCUCUCUAAUAGUCCUUACUCCUUAGCCUUUUUGUGAUCGGUCAAUUAGUUCGAUGUCUCAUUUUUCAAUCCGUUACUAUGUCAGAUAUGGAAAAAUGAUUCUUCAUGUGGCCCAAGCCUAGAGUUGAUGUAACUCCACGGUCGUUGAAUAGACCACUAUAAUGUAAUGCGGGUGCUGAAUGAUUUUGUCUCAGGGAGCCGAUCUGAUGGUGAGGUCUUCCAAGAGGUCGAUGGUGGAUGAGCUGGAAGCCAUGCUGGACGUGGUGGACCCACAGCCCGCCGGUGGGAGGUCGCUUUCGAUGAGGAGGCGGACAUUCGACAUGCCCGACGGCACCAUCAGGAAGGAGAUCGCUGAAGGCGUCGCACAAGUCGUGCAGAUGCUCGAACAAGAAGAAGAAGAGGCGGAUGAGUAAGGUAAGUAAGUAACUUCGCCAUUGGCGUUGUUCUUUCUUGGUGUGUAAGAGAGAGAGAGAUAGCUUCCUAGUAUCGGCUCCCACUUGUUAAACUGAAUAAUCUUCUUCAGUCUUUUGUUGGAACAAUCGUGUUUGUUAGUUUAUUAAUGGACGUGUUCUGAUGCUUCAUUUGGGCUGUGUGUUUCCUUUCAUGGGCUGGAUUGUGGGCUUUUGCGAUGUGUUGGUUGGCCUGUAGUAGCCUUGUGUUGUAGGGUUUCUUUCAGAGCAGCUGCCAACUACUUACCAAAAAGGAGUCAAUUUUGCAGUGUUAUUAAA